AUGUUAACUAUCGUGCGCAGCUCCUCAAUAACCUCGCCACACCAACAGCCGCAAACCCCCACCAUACUUCUCCCCUUGCACGCACGGAUUUCCCGCGAAGGAAAUCCGCGGCUCUUUUGCUGUUCGUCCACGCACCCACGCAUCCGCGUACCUGACGCCUCUUCCGUAAUUCCCGGUGUCAGCGACGCAAGUAACCCGCACACGUCCAGCCCUUCGAACGGCGCACAUGCCACGUGGAGGAUCCCGGAGGUUCCUCACGAGACAGCAAGCGAGCCCCGCACAUCUCGGCGGUCCCUCUUGCGCCUACCUCUGGUUCUCCUCCUUCCGCCCCUCUCCACCCUCCUCCCCUCGCCUUUCCCGCUAAUAACGGACGCCGAAGCCGCGGAAACAGCAGCAGCAAACAGCAGCAGCAGCAGCAGCAGAGGCGGCGCAUUCACGGAGGUGGAAGGGGGAGUGCAAGUGGCGGACAUUCGGCAGGGCACAGGAGCCAUGCCGGUGGAUGGGCAGACGGUGGCAGUGCAUUACUACGCGCGGCUGGGGGCGAAGCAGGGCUGGCGGUUUGACAACACGUUAGAGCACCGCGAUGCGAGCGGGGAGGCGAUUCCGUAUGAGUUCGUUGUUGGGUCCCCCAAGGUCAUUCAAGGUCUGAGCAUUGCGGUGCAGGGCAUGAGGGUGGGUGGUGUGCGCAGAGCCAUCAUCCCCCCCAACGUGUCGUAUCAAACCAGAGAGGAUCUGCCGCUUCCUCCCAGAUAUUCUGACAGACAGCGCCUGUUCACAACUGUCUUCAACCCUACACGCCUUGCCAAUGGGGAAGGGUCUUCGCUUGGCACAGUUAUCUUUGACAUCCAGCUGCUUGGAAUCAGAAGCCCAUUGUAG